AGUAAAUCCCCCGGUCAGACCUGAUCAUCUUAUGAACGAACAUAACUUAUUAGAUCUGUUUAUAACCUCCCGUGAAUAUCUUCAUUACAUUUGUUCUUAUUGGAAUAAAAAGCAGAAUGAAGAAGACUUUCACAAUCAUUAUUUUAUUUCUCUCGUGUGAAGGUGUGUUUGGCGAUGAAGUGAAGUCAGUGUCGGUGAUGGAGGGAGAUUCUGUUACUCUACACACUGAUCUUACUGAAAUAAAGACAGGUGAUCUGGUCUGGUGGAGGUUUAAAAAAGGCGAUUCUAAAGAUCUUUUAGCUGAAAUUGGUAAAAACAAGAUCUGGUAUACACCUGAGAUAUUCAAAGACAAACUGUUGACAGACGGUAAGACUGGAGAUCUCAACAUCACGAACAUGAAGAUCAAAUAUUCUGGACUCUAUGAAGUAGAGAUCAACAGUGCCACUGGAACAUCAUCCAAGAGAUUUAAUAUUACUGUCAAUGAAUCUCCUCGUGUUAAUAAUGCUGAAAUGAUUGUUGUGAAGUCUGUGUCAGUGACUGAGGGUGAAUCUGUUACUCUACAAACUGAUGUUAAACUACAGACAGAUGAUCUGAUACAGUGGAGGUUUGGAGAUGAAGGUGUUCUCAUAGCUAAAGGUGAUAUGGAGGAUGAUAUGAUUUCAUUAUUUCAUGGUACUAAUGGGAGUUUCACAGACAGACUGAAGCUAAAUGAUCAAACUGGAGAUCUCACCAUCACUGACUGCAAAUCUGAACACAGUGGAGUUUUUCAACUAAAGAUCAGCAGUAACAAACAAACUUCAUACAAGACAUUCAGUGUUAUUGUCAGGGAAGCAUGUUUGUUGUCAGGUGUUAUAGCAGGAUUAUGUGUUAUCUUCCUCCUGGUUAUUGCUGCUGUUAUUGCUGCCGGUUUGAUUUUGUAUCAUCACAAGAUCUCUAAACUCAAACUCAAAGCUCAAGAAAACCUUCAGAUCCAGCAAAACUCAGUAACAUACAUAACUCAUGGAGACCCUCAGAAGCCGCAGAAGUCAGAUGUUGAUGUGAUAGAUGAAGGGAAGUCAGUAUCAGUGAAAGGAGAUCAAGCUGUAACAAACACAGUUAAUGAAAACACUCAGAAGACACAGAACUCAGUAACAGCCAAAGUUGAUAAAAACACUCAGAAGCAGCAGGACUCAGUCUGUGCUGCUGAUAUAAAUGAAGAGAUGAUCAGAACAGGAAAGAUGGGGGUAUCUGUGACUUUAGACACUUGUGUUACUGAAAUAAAGAGAGAUGAUGAGAUACUGUGGAUGUUUGAAGAUAUGACUAUAGCUGAAUAUACUGGAGGCACUGAUAAACCUACAUUAAAUAAAACUGAUGAGAGAUUUAAAGACAGACUGGAGAUAAACCAUCAGACCGGAGAUCUAACCAUCAGAAACAUGAGAUCUGAACACACUGGAGUUUAUAAAGUUCAGAUCAAGAACAGCAGCGGGAACAAAGAGAGAAAAUUCAUUGUUGCUUUCUCUGUGCGAGCUAUGAUGGGAGGAUCUGUCCCUUUACCCACUAAAGUUCAAAUAGAGGAAGGUGAUGUGGUGAAGUGGACCUCUGAAGAUAAAAGCACUCUUUUAACUGGAAUGAAUGGAGAUGACAGCAAGACUUCAUAUACAGAUGAUGAGAGAUUCAGAGACAGACUGAACAUGAACGCUCAGACUGGAGAUCUCACCAUCAGAGAUAUAAAACAGACAGAUGAAGGAGUUUAUACACUAAAACUGAUCAAAGCUGAUAGAAAAAUCACAUACAGAAUAUUUUAUGUUGUUGUCACUGGUCUUGGAAACACUCAGAAGCAGCAAAACUCAGUGGACACUAUGAAGGGAGGACCUGUUUCUCCAUACACUGAAAGUGAAAUAAAGAGAGAUGAUAAGGUGGUGUUGACCUCAAAAGAAAAAAACACUCUUGUAACUGGAAUAAAUAGAGAUGAAAGCAAGACUUCAUAUACAGAUGAUGAGAGAGACAGACAAGAGAUGAACCCUAAGACUGAAGAUCCAUCCAUCUCAGAUACCAGAGAGACAGAUGAAGGAGUUUCUACAGCACAACUGAUCAACACUGAUGGAAAAAUGAAUGUUGAAGCCACUGGGGCACCAGGUGAUAUCUUGCCUAAUGCAGCAAAUAGGUCAGGGUGGAACCUGCCCUUGAAUACGCAUCAUUUUGUCUUCAAAUGGAAAAGCAAAGUCCAAAAUAAAACUCGGGCAUCACUUUCAGUGCGAGCUAUGAAGGGAGGACAUGAUACUCCAAGUGAAAGUGAAAUAAAGAGAGGUGAUGAGGUGGAGCAGACCUCAGAAGAUAAAACCAAUCUUAUAGCUGGAAUAAAUAGAGAUGACAGCAAGACUUCAUAUACAGAUGAUGAGAGAGACAAAGACAGACUGAAGAUGAACCGUGAGACUGAAAAUCCCCCCAUCACAGAUACCAGAGAGACAGAUGAAGGAGAUAGUACACCACAGCCGAACAACACUGAUGGAAAAAACACAGAUAACAGAAAAAAUUAUGUUGAAGUCACCGAAGCUACGAAUGGAGGACAUGAUACUCCAAGUGAAAGUGAAAUAAAGAAAGGUGAUGAGGUGGAGCAGACCUCAGAAGAAAGCAAUCUUAAAGCUGGAAUAAAUAGAGAUGACAGCAAGACUUUACAUACAGAUGAUAAGAAAGACAGACAACAGAUGAAUGCUCAGACUGGAGAUCUCACCAGCACAGAGACCAAUGAGAAAGAUGAAGUAUAUACAGCACAGCUGAUCAACACUGAUGUGGAUGAUAAUGAUUCAGCAGAUAUCAGUAAUAAAUCAGUGGCGAUGGAGAUGAAACCUUUACUGGAAGCAGCUGAAAGAUCCUCAACAUCACCAAUGUACAGUUCUCUUUAUCUACCUCAGGGGUAUCAAACUCAAGCUGGUUCGGGGCGAAGAUCGAGAUUUUAUCAGAUGGACAAAUACUAAUCUUAACAUAAAAAAUACAACAGUUCUGUAUGUGUACUGCAAUUAAAUUCUAUUGUUUAACAUUUAAUAAUACUUAAUAUAAACAGUGCUUUCAUUCUUUUUUAUACAUCAUUUUAUGACAGUAAGAAAAUAUUUUCUUUUUCUGGGGAGGGCUCGAAGGGGGUCUUUCCCAGGGUGUAAUUCCAUGUAGAACCGUCACUGACCCCACCGCAACUCUUCUCUGGACGGACACUCCAAAGUCCCGACCCGAUUAACUGAUCACAUGGUGACAAUGAUUUGAUUGACGUGAGGUGCAGAUGAGAAAUCUAAUCAUGUAUUCCAUUAUUCUCUCAGGGAGGGAGCGAGGCACAUGUUUGAAAUAAAAGACGCGUAUCCUCUUAAAGGCUUUUGAAAGGAAGCGCAUUGACUCGCGUUUAACACGUGUUUAGACAUGUGAACGGCUCCUUAAACAUUAACAUUAAUAAUUUUUUACAGCAGCUAUGGGCCGCAGAUAGGGGGAGGGAGGACUGCAAAUGGCACACGGGCCGAGAGUUUGAGACCACUGAUCUAGAGUAACAAGUUUGGUUAACUGACUUCUGUUAAACCAAGAAAUUAACCCUCUGUGUGCUGUUGAACUCAUGUUAUUGAAGACUUUUAAAGUUUAUGAUGAACUAAAAUAUCAACUUUAAUUUAUUUGUAUAUUAAUGUUUUAAGGCUUUAAAGACACAAGUGGUGAGAAUUUUUAUUUGCAGUUGUACAGAGACUUUGUUGACAUACAGUUAGGUCCAUAAAUAUUGGGACAGAAGCACAUUUUAUGUUAUUUUAGCUGUUUAACAAAAUGUAUUCCAGUUACAGUCAUAUAUUAUGAUAUUAUGCUUUAUUUUCAGGGUAUUCACCAGGGGCGUCGCUAGACCCCUUUUACUGGGGCACGUGCCCCAGUGUAAAUCUUUUGUGCCCCUGUGUAAAUCUCAAGUUUACAUUUUAGCAGUUAACUAGUUUAUUCCUUUACAAAGACAAUCGCGGCAAAACGGAUCUAUAUGCAAUGUAGUUACCCAAUUCACGUUUGAAAAAGCGACGCAGCAGUCGCACUGACGCGUGCACGCCUCAAUUCAUGUCCGCGUCCGCGCAUUGACAUGAAUGGGUGCGCGGACGCGGACAUUAAUUGAGGCGUGCAUGCGACUGUUUUGCCGUGCGCAGCCGCAUACAAAGUACACGCGAUUGAGUUGGUUUAUGAAAACAUGACGAGACUAAAGUAAGUUUCUAAAUAGCUAAUAAUGAAAAUCUUAUUUUCACCUGCUCAUUGACGCAUGUGAUGGACAUCAGAAAUGUUUUGU